GGGAGGGAGUGUGGGAGGGUAAGGAAGAGGGAGCCAAAACUGGCAACUUUGCCAAAGUGGCCAAGUUCAGUCACUUGUGCUGCUGCAGCAGAAAGCAGGAGGACGAGUGUAACCAAGGGUGACCGAGAAGUAGAAAGGGCCAGAAAAAAAAAAAAACAGGAAAAGUGAGAGAACGCAGAAGAAAAAGAACUGUCAUUCUCUGGCUUCAAGUCCAGAGGGUCUGGAGAUGUCAAAACAAGACUACACAUAGAAGAAGGAACAAGUACCAGACUUAGUCAGCAACAGAGGUCUAAUAAAGACUCCCAAGCAAGCGUACUUGUAUUGUGGUCAGAGGAUAGAGGGAGAAAUAGAAGAGAAGAAGGUGGAGAGGAAAAAGAGAAAAUAGGGAGGGGCGUGUUUAGAAUAGAAGGUGGCUGCUUUCCUUACAGUUGCAUUUGAAGGACAGGCGAGGAAUCCAUCAUCUGAGAUCAUCUCGCACAGCUCCAUCGCUCCAUCGAUUCAGCAGUCCCUCGCCGGGAUAGAGGAGGAACGAGGACCCUGUGGCGAUGAAGAGACCUCAUGAUUACAGUUCCCCAGACUCGGACACGGACGAACUGAUCGAUGUCGGACAGGAGGACAGCUACUGCCCUGUCACUGGGUCCAUGUCUCCAGGCAGUACCUCACAGAUCCUGGCGCGCAAGAAGAGAAGAGGGAUAAUUGAGAAGAGACGCAGGGACAGGAUCAACCACAGUCUAUCGGAGCUCAGGAGACUCGUACCCAGCGCCUUCGAGAAACAGGGCUCCUCUAAACUGGAAAAGGCUGAGAUUCUUCAAAUGACCGUGGAUCAUCUGAAACUGCUGCAUGCCAUGGGCGGCAAAGGCUACUUCGAUGCUCGUGCUCUGGCAGUGGACUACAGGACUCUGGGCUUUCGGGAGUGUGUUGGAGAGGUGGUGAGAUACCUCAGUUCUCUGGAGGGGGUUGAAUCCUCAGACCCCAUCGGUGCACGCCUUGUGUCCCACCUCAGCCACUGCGCCAGUGAGCUGGACCCUCUCCUCCAGAGCCCCGCCGCUCUGCCUUUUCCUCCUUGGCCCUGGCCUUCCUUUCCUCAGCUGGCAUCCACUUCAUCUCCUUCUUCGUCUAGCCCGUUUCCCCCAACCACCUGCCGGGAUCUGGCCCCCCAUGCCACCGCUGCCUUGCUGGGCUACCCUUCACCGGCCCUGAGAGUGGGAUCUUUGAGCACCCAGGGGGCGAUACUGAGUCCAGCGAUGAUCCCGUUUCGUCGACUGCCCUCUAUCCCCGGACAUCCACACAGACUUCAACAGCACUCACCUGAUGGACCUACAAUUCCAUCCCCAUCCUCCAACUCCUCCCCUCCCCAGAUUUCUUUCAGACCCUUUGCCCCUCUGGGGUCUCCAGCCCCAGUUCGCAGGGGUUUGGGCAGCUCCAGUAAGUCCGGACAGGCCUUGAGCACAGAGAUUGGGGCAUUCUGAAUCAGAAGUUUGGAGUUUAUGACAGUCUGAAAAAAAAAAAAAAAAUUCUUGGUCAUUUGGACUUAUUUAUGACCACAUUUAAAAGGAACUACAACGCAUUGAACAAUUCAAAUUCAAAUGGUUAUUAUUAUUUUAUUUUUUUGAGUUCCAUCUACUAUUCCAACUCCAAUAGCAUUCAAAGUCUCAGAAAAAUGGUACAAAUGUUGUCACUGGGGCAUUUCCCUUAUAAAAGAUAUGAGAUAAAAGGGUGAAUAUUAAUACAUAAAUUGUACAUAUUAGUACACCAGUGACUACUUCUGUACUUUUCCUGAGAGUUUAGAAAAAAAUUAAAAAAAAAAAAAUCUGAUUUUGUUUACAAAGAAAAAAAUAGGAGAGAAAUGAAAUGGUGUGUAGAAUUCAACUGUAAAAUCAAAGGUAAAUGCAACUCCCAGAAAAGCAACUCAGUGCUAUGAACUUGGAUUUUGAGAUCUAGAUACUGGAACUUUC